GUCGGCGCUGGAGGGUCGUGGGUAGAGGGCCCAGGUCGUAGUGCUGAGGCAGGACGCGUGCUUUUGGUACCUGUGGAGGCGGAGCAGCCUCUGUGACGCACGGCUUGAUCAAGUUGAGGCUUUGGCCUGUCUUUCGGUUGAGUGGUACUCAUGACCAUGACGUCGCGGUUGGAUCCCAUCUUGCGUGAGCUGGACGAGAUCGAGGCCCUGCUCGCCGAGUCCUUUGAACCGCAGCAUACACCAGCAUGGUAUCGCGACGCCCAAAGCGAUGGCAUGCGCCAACAAUUGCUUUCCAAGCUGGAUCGUCUCGAGACACAGGUUGAAUCAGACUUUAACGAAGAUCGAGAUGCCGUUGAUGAUCUCCUACAAGCGCUGGGUCAGCUGCGCCAAGAAGCGUUGUUGGAGGAGGCCUACGUUCGCGAGCUACGCGAGGCCGAGGCGGAAAGCAACAUUGACGCUGAAACUCGCUCGCGUGCUGUGCGCUGGUUAAACCGCAACCUUCGUCGCCUUCUUUCUGCCAUCAAGGGUCGCGGUCACGAAGACGCUCAAGGUCGACCUGUGAUCUCCAUGCGCGAGCUGCUACAGGACGACAUUGCCCAUGGGUUUGAGAGCAUCGAGGGCAUCGUGGAAACAGCAGUACAACGAGGCCUACUUCGCGAGGCUUUUUCUGAAGAUCUCGAGCCAUACUUUAUUGUCGUGGGCGCGCCCCCGCGCGAUGAUGAUGCGACAAAUUGUUCGUCAACUGCCCUCUUUUUUCAGUUUGCCACUUGCGUCAAGCUGUCCCGCCUUCGUUUGCUCCUCGCUCUCACGCAAUCUCACAAGUUGGUUGCAUCUUUUGGUUCAGUCGAUACGCGCAUGCUGCGCAUGUCUGUCAUCCAACCUCAGGGCACGGCGGAUGGCAGCGGGCAGAGCACCGGUGGCAAGCAAUCGCCCGCAUUGUCUUCCCCUAGCAUGAGUGCCGAAGUGGUGCCGGACAUUGAUGUCACAACCGCAGAUGGCAACGCGCCAGCGCCGGUUGUGCACAAUAGCGGCGCCCACACGCUGUCGGCAGAUGAUCUCAAGCUCUUGCUGAGGCCUCAAACUCAAGCCCGCCGUCGAUCGCAUAGCAUGCGUCACCGCUCGGCCACUUUCAACAUGCGCGAGUCGCUUUCAUCAGUGACGCAAGACACGCUUUCCAAGUACUGCAGCUUGGUCUGGGGGGAGGCUUUGCCAGAGGCACCUUCCGUUGAAGGGUCUCCUGCAAACGGCACAGCCGCUCGUAGCCAAGACAAGGUCGAAGGAAACGGUAGCAACGGCAUCAGUGCAGAUGCAGUGGGUACGGCAAGCAUGAACGUUGCAGGAAGGCAUCGGAAGACGCCACAUGAGUUACUGGAGGAGCAAUUUCGCAAGAGGCCCGAGCUCAAUGUGGACUGGAGCAAGUUUGCCGUUCCCGAACUGGAAAACUUUCUCCGAGUUUUGGAGGCCGAGGAAAAAUUGCAUCAGGAGCAGGUGGUCAACCUGUAUCGCGCCAAGCGUGCCAAGUUGCAGCGCAAAAUCGAUUUGCUGCUCAAGCAAUCGGUUACAGCCGACGCUGGGAGCGGUGAAGCAACAGACGUCACUAAAUCGGCCUCCAAUGUCCCCCAUGUCGCUGCGGCAGCGUCGGUUGUCCCCGGCCCAAUUGCAGCAGACCUGCACCACACGCUGGAACGACAUGACUCAGAGGCUGGAACCGUAGAGAGUAGCCGAAUCCGUUUGCGCCGUGAGCAACCUGCAAAGUCGGAUGACCGGUCGAAGUUCCAGCGAUCUCGCUCGGCCCGUGCCACAGCAGUUGCCUCACAGCUUGACCAGAAUGUGGGCAGCGAGGGGUUUGUCGGACGCCGCCGAGCCGUCACCGAUCAGCGCGAUAGCCUGCGCAAUCGUUCGCAGGUCAUUAGCGUUUACCGGCGACGUUCACAAGCAGUCGAUGCUGCCAACGUCAAGCCCCGACAAGCUGUGACUCUUCUUCUGGAUUCUGUGGACGAGGAUGGCGAGGACUCUGCGGGGUCAGCUCCGGUCCUAGCCGAAGAGCAAACCUCCUCUCCAAACGUGACAGUGCGCAAGAACCGGAUGCGCAAGCAGCACAAAUCCUUAUUCGUGGACGAUGUUGUAGAUCCGCUCAACAUUGAGGAACAGACGGGCAUCAAUAAGGAGCUGGCGUCAUUGGCAGCGAGUUGGAUUGACAGCGAGCUUCGGCAAGUGAUGCAAGUGCUGCUGGACAGCGACUCACGAGAUGAGCAAGGGCGCCCCUGUAUUACCAUGGCUGAGCUUCGCCGAUCAGGCGUCACUACGAUGGUCGAGUCUUUGGGAGGCUGUCUUCACAUUGGCAAAGAGCGGGGGGUGUUUGCAUUUGAUGGUGCCCUUGAUUCGCACACUCCCGAUGAUACCUUAGUCACCCUGCUUCAAGCCACUCUUCCCAGUAAACCCUAUAAAGUCAGAGAUUUGCAUUUAUCCACUCGGCGGCGUGUGCGCCAGAUUGACGCGCACUCACAUAUUAGCGUUGUGUAAACGUCGCACAUCAAUCUGGAACGGCGGGCAGCUGGCACAUGUCCAAAAUUCAUACGAUGUGAGCGGG